AUGUUAGAACAAGUGACAAAAGAUUACGCUGCGUACUUUAAGUUGGAUGUGUCAGAAGGCUUGGAAACAGUGCAAGAAGUUAUUGACAAUAUGAUAACAAGACUGGAGGAACUUACUAGUGUAGUGCAUAUGAUAAAGUUAAAAAACAGUGAUUGCAAUUCAUCUGUGUCUGAUGAUAUUAAUAGAUACAGAGGCGAAGUUAAUACAUUAUCCAAGAAAAUUGUAACAUUAAAUGAAGUAAUUGUGAUAUUGCAUCAAAAUGUAGAGAAAGUAGAAACACAAGUUGAAAAAGCGGAGAUUUAUUUCGGUGUAAAUAAUGACAAUAAACUCACAAGCUUACUCAGACCUUUUUUAAAAAAAAAUAAAGAUUUAAUAACAAUGUCUAAUGAGACACCAUCUUUAGAAACACUUACCAUCACAAGUGUUCUGGACAAUUUUGAGAAUAAUAGUUAA